AUGGAUGGUGAAACUCAGCAGUCUCACCUUGUUCUUGCCAACAAUCUCUUCCUCCUUACUCAUCCCGAUGUGCCAGACAUUGAGAAAUUCGCUCUCAAGUCUCAUGUCUUCAAUAUCCUCAAAGCUCACUAUAUGACCCCCUUGUACGAAACCCUAACUGCAUCUUCAGUUCUGGAUUUGGAUCAAAACUUGCUUGAUUCUAUGCGUGCCAGUAACGGUGAGGAGCUUAAGAAGCUCCAUGAGAAGAUUGUAGAUGCAGAAGAAAAUUUGGGCGAAAGUGAAAUCCGUGAAGCUCAUCUCACUAAGGCGCUCUAUUUCGUUAGGAUUUGUGACAAGGCAAAAGCUUUGGAGCAAUUAAAACUCACUAAAGGCAAGACUGUUGCCGUGGGACAGAAGAUGGACUUAGCAUUGAUAAAGCAAACAAAAGGAGGUGACUGGGAAAGGAAGAACCGUUUAGAGGUCUACGAGGGUUUGUAUUGCUUGUCAACUAGAGAAUUUAAGAAGGCAGCGAGCUUGGUCUUGGAUUCGAUUUCAACUUUCACCACAUAUGAGCUUUUCCCAUAUGAGACUUUCAUAUUCUACACCGCCCUCACCAGCAUCAUAACUUUGGACAGAGUUUCUCUGAAGCAAAAGGUGGUUGACGCGCCUGAAAUCUUAACGGUGAUUGAGAAAAAUCUCAUUCCUCUCGGAGUUUCUAAACUCCUUGUACAAUUGUCAGUACAAGAAGAACUUCAUUUUCGGGCUUUGUUCUCAGCUGGACUCGCGGAACAGAUGAAGCUCGACAGAUACCUUAACCCGCACUUCCGGUUCUACAUGAGGGAAGUUAGAGCAGUAGUCUACACUCAGUUCCUAGAGUCCUACAAGAGUGUGACAAUCGAAUCAAUGGCAAACACAUUUGGUCUCUACUUGUUUUACAGUGAGCUAUCGAGUUUCGUUGCAGCUGGUAAACUUCAUUGCAAGAUCGACAAAGUCGCAGGCGUUCUCGAAACAAACCGCCCUGAUGCGAAUAACGCACUCUACCAAUCAACCAUCAAACAAGGAGACUUUCUAUUGAACCGGAUUCAGAAGCUCUCUCGUGUUAUCGACGACAUUUGA